AUGUCAAUACCAGUAAAUCAAACAAUAAAAGAAUACAACGACGAAAUCAAAAAAAUAAAUGCAAAAUAUGAAGAACUUGAGAAACUGUUAGGAAGGGAUAGCGUUUAUCGAAAACGCAAGGAAGAGUUGGAGAAAGAUUUAGAGAAAGUCGAGUCCUUUAAUGGUAAAGAGGGUUACGAAAAAGAAAAAGAGGGAGUUAGGGAAUUUAAAAAAAAUCUCAUCAGAAGAUUAGGUUUUUGGAGUUAUGGUAGAAAAGUUGCCAAAAUUAUUAAAAAUAAAAUGACCCAACUUGACCUGAAAGUGGAGGACUUGGCAACUGAAACUCAACAAAAACUAAAAGAUUUGAAAAAUCAAGAAGAUAUUAGUAAAUCAUCAUUAACAGAUUACCAUGCGGCUAUGGAAAAAAUUAUUGCAACUGAAGAGAAAAUUAAUGAAGAAAUAAAUAAAAAAGAGGCUCAAAAGAAAUAUCAACAACUUCAAGAAAAAUUUAAAAAUAUGAAAAACUCUGCCGAAAAAGAAAAAAUUAAUCAGGAAGUUGAAGAAUUUGUUACUAGCGAUAACAUUUAUUAUCGAGAAUAUAAGUCCCAAGCUAAUGAACUAUUAUCAAGUUUGAAAAGUGGUUCUUUCACUUAUAAUAAGUCGCCUGAUGCUGACGAUUUUCCGUGA